AUGGGAAAACGCAUCAUCGUCACUGGCGGAUCCGGAAAAGCUGGCAAAUACGUUGUGCAGAGCCUGUUGGAUAAGGGUUACGAGGUUCUGAAUCUUGAUCUGGCACCCAUACACGGCGACCUUGGGGAAAGCCAGGUAUACAGCGCCUUAAUGUCUCAUUUCCGCCUGACCGAGCCUUUCCACGAGUCUCUGAACGAGGCCCCCUCCGCGGUGAUCCACCUAGCAGGCGUGGCUCGGAACAUGCUUGUCCCAGACAGCGAACUCUUCCGGAUCAAUACUAUGGGUACCUAUAACAUCAUCGAGGCCGCGUGCAGAUUCGGCGUCAAGAAGAUCAUGCUGGCGAGCUCCAUCUGUGUCUACGGCGUGACGUUUGCCGAGGGGGAUGCUGACUUUGUCUCAUUCCCCGUCGAGGAGAGCACUGAAACGAGGCCCACAGAUGUGUACUCACUUUCCAAGCUGUGUGCGGAGAGAACAGCACAGAGUUUCGCGUCAAGGUUCAACAUCGAUAUCUAUGCGUUCCGCAUAGGAGCCAUCAUCGCACCCGAGGAAUACGAACGCGUGUUCGACAGCUAUGUCAAACAGCCCGCGAGGUGGAAGGUUCACGGCUGGUCAUACACGGACGCACGUGAUCUUGGCCGCAUGUGUGCUCUAGGAAUCCAAGGAGACGGGCUUGGUUUUCAGGUGUUCAACGCCGUCAACAACGAGAUCACAAACACGAGGGAUACCGGAGAGUUUCUCAGGGACCAAUGUCCCGGCACGCCUUUCACCAGGGAUAUUGGAGCACGCGAGGCGCCAAUCAGUAAUCACAAAAUGCGCCUACUGCUGGGCUUUGAGGAAGAACAUAAGUGGAGGCGGUACUAUCAGGUGUGA